CACGGAAAUGAAAGCAGUACUUCCGGUUGGGCAAUCUCCGGGAGCCGGCAGGAUUGGUACGCCUUGUUGGGCCUUGUUCGGAAGCUCCGCCCUCGCUCCGGUCUUUCUGGAACCCGCAGUUCGAUCUCGGCGGUGCGGGACAGCGUCCUGGGCGCGCGUGUGUCUCCCAUGGCUGAUGCGACCCCAAACGGCCCCCAAGGGGCGGGCGCCGUGCAAUUCAUGAUGAACAAUAAACUGGACACCGCAAUGUGGCUUUCUCGUUUGUUCACAGUUUACUGCUCAGCUGUGUUUGUUUUGCCUUCUUUUGGGUCUCCGGAAACAAACGUCUACUACCAGCGUGCAUUGCUGGCAAAUGCUCUUACUAGUGCCCUGCGGCUGCACCAAAGGUUACCACACUUCCAGUUAAGCAGAGCGUUCCUGGCCCAGGCUUUGUUAGAGGACAGCUGCCACUACCUGCUGUUUUCACUCAUCUUUGUCAAUUCUUCCCCAGUUACAAUGAGUAUUUUUCCAGUCUUGUUGUUCUCUUUGCUUCAUGCUGCUACGUACACAAAAAAGGUUCUUGACGCAAAGGGUUCAAAUAGUUUACCUCUGUUGAGAUCUGUGUUGGAUAAAUUAAGUACUAAUCAACAGAACAUCUUGAAAUUCAUUGCUUGCAAUGAAAUUUUCUUGAUGCCUACUACAGUUUUUAUGCUUUUUAGUGGCCAAGGGAGUUUGCUGCAGCCUUUUAUAUACUACAGAUUUCUUACCCUUCGAUACUCCUCUAGAAGAAAUCCGUAUUGUCGGACAUUGUUUAAUGAACUGAGGAUUGUUGUUGAACACAUAAUAAUGAAACCUGCCUGUCCACUAUUCGUGAGAAGACUCUGUCUCCAGAGCAUUGCCUUCAUAAGCAGACUGGCACCAACAGCUUGAAUUUUCCUAGACAAUUGCAGCAGUUCAGAUGCCUUUUGAAAGGAUUGUAAUUGAAGAUGAGCAUAUGACUAUACUCGUAUCUGAUCUGAAAUAAUAAUGAAGAAUAUCCUGUAGAUUACAUAUUUAUCCAUCAAAUCUGAUUUGAAAGGUUAAAUAGGAAGGUUUAUAGGUAAGAUGAUUGGGAACGGGGCUGGGAUAGUUGUGGGGGAAUUUCAGGCUCAUAAUGCAUAGAUAAAUUUGAGGGAAUUGGAUGCUUUAUGCAACUGUGAUUGGGUUGUAUAUUAUGUUAAAUUUUGUGUAUUGAGCUCCUAUCAACUCUAAAAUUCAUUCUGAUCCUUACUACUAUUGCAUGAUUGGAAAUGUUUAAAACAUUGCACAAUUUUAGUCUGUAAUGGUUUUUGUAACCAAUUUUCUUCUGUCCGCAUGUAAUUUGGAUUUAUCAAAUACAUUCAUUAAUAACUUACACGAAACAUCAAUUUUCUUUGUUCAAGUUCAGUAUAGAAAGGUGAUAUUACGAGGGUAAAUUAUCAAAAUAAUUUUACUUGAUAGCUUAACUGUAACACUAUUUUUGUAUUUUGUCAUACUUGUCCACUAAGUUGAAAAAGCAACCUCCUGAUAUGCAGUUGAUUUUUUUUUUUAUGUGUGUGGAUAGCCUCCUUACCACUAUCUGUGUAAACUGAUGGUUUUGAAAACAACUUUGUAGAGCAAUAAAGUUGACUGUUAUGUUAAGUAAA